AUGACUAAGAACGAAUACACAACUGCUACGGAGGAGCAGCCAGAACAGGAACUCUCGCGGCGAGACAGCAACCUUCGUUUCAUCUCUAGCCCGGUCGCGACUGGAUUCAGUGAAAAGGCAGGGCACGAAAGAGUAGAAGCCGUGGGUCUGGAGUCGCAAGCACAGGCGGAUGUCGAGCGGCUUGGUUACCGCUACAAGGACAACCAUGAUUGUCCCGAGUUCAUAAAGCACACCAACUCGACAAAUUACGAGCUAUUUUAUGACUUGUGGUUUGUUGCCAAUCUUGAAGUUUUCUCAUCCUCCAAGAGUGUCAGUGAGGAAACCGACCUAUACGCUUAUAUCGGAUACUUGAGUAUCCUCUGGUUUACAUGGUUCCUAGUCGGCAUGUUCGAUGUACGAUUUGUCACCGACAGUAUUUUUGAGCGCGUUGUCAGGACAGCUCACCUGGGCGUCAUGGUGGGAUUCAGCAUUGUUGUUUCGAAUUUUGACCCGUCGAAUCAGGAUCAGUGGUCUUUCCAAACACUAUCGUUGAUCCUCAUGUUCUCGAGGCUCAUUCUGCUCUUCCAAUAUGGCACGAUCAUCUGGCACAUUCGUCACUUCAAGCAAGGCAAACUCCCGGUCGCUAUUGCUGGAGCUGUCCACUUUGUUUCCGCCAUGAUCUUCCUCGGCAUCAGAUUUCGAUUCCAUGCCGAUAAAAACAGUCGCGUCUAUAUUGUGUGGUACAUUGUGUCGGCAUGCGAGGCCAUCAUUCAACUAGGAUUGGCAAAAUACUACAGAGUCUUGACCUUUUCCAAGACUCACUUGACAGAAAGAAUGACGGUUCUUACUGUCAUUAUUCUUGGCGCUGGUGUGACCAGUAUCGCCAAGAAUAUCGUACUCAUUGUCAAGAACGCUGCUGGAUGGACCAGCGCAACCAUCGGAGUGUUGAUAUCCGCUAUUACGCUCAUGUAUGUUUUCUUCAUGAUAUACUUUGACUGGAUGGAGCACCACCAUUUAAAAGGGUGGCGCCAGCUGGGAUGGAGUAUCCUCCAUUUUCCAUUCCACGUUGCUCUCCUCUUGUUCAUGGAGGGUGCUACUCAAUUUAUGAUCUGGUGGAAAGUAAACGAAGUCAUGAAUGAUGCAGACUACCAAUUCGAAACACUGCUCACGCGUCUCAGUGAGGGCGACGUCUACAUUACGAGCGAUCUAGUGACCAACGACCUGAAUUCCACCGUCCAGAGCAUCUUCUCAGUCUACAGUCCGACAUAUACCUUGACUUCCGAGCGAGUCGACUGGCUCCUGAACGAUAUUAAAGCUCUUCCACAAGAAUUCUGGGACCGUCCGUCGCAAGAUGCCUACCCUGAUCUUCUACAAAGAUGGGUGAAUGAUCUACAAGAACUACUCAUCACAGUUACAAACUCACUAUUUGUGAAUUUCAAUAUCGACCCUUUUCAGGACAUGGAGGAGUCGGACCCAGCUCUAAUGCAAUGGGUGGCCAACAAUGACAUCAACGAUCGCUGGUACACGGUCUUUCAAUACGCAUAUGUCACGGCCGGUCUGGUUUUGAUGUUGAUGACAUUUAUGUACACCGUCGGGCGCAAGCAGCCCUGGACACCAUUCAUCAUUGCCCGCACCACGCUCUUUGGGCUCAUGGGCCUCGGCCUUGCUCUGGUAGAGCUGAUCUCCAAGAACGAGGAGCGUUCCCUCAACUAUCUCUUGACACCGUGGCUGCUGCCCACGAUCUGCAUCGUCUUCUUUGUCGUCUUGCUGCUGACACACUUUCCGUACCCGCUGCCGCAGCUCUUUCGCCGGCGCGGGUCGAGGCCCAAGACGACCAUGACAAACCAGUACGAGGCGUAUAGGAGCGUCCAGGUGCGGGAGGUUCGCCCGGAGCAGACCAACACGUACGACUACCAGGGCUACGACCCACAUCGAUGGGGUAACGGACGCGGCAACGACGUCCACGUGCUAUACCCGGCAUCUGAUACCAUGUAUCAUAAUGGGUACGGGCGAUUAGAUGAUCAGGCGCCGGCGGGCUCUCCUUUCAAACACUGA